GUGCUUCUCACAGAGCAACAUGCUCGUUACAGUAGCUGGUUGGUUAAAACUUUCAGCCCUGAAGAAUUGCAGCGUCUGUCAAAAUGUUGGUGUUGUUGCACCAACGAUCAUUCCUCUGAAUUCACUGGCGAUCACAAAGUUCCGUUCGGAGGGUAUUGCAGAGUAUGCUUUUGAGUAUGCCUACCUCAACAACAGGAAGAAAGUUGCAGCGGUGCAUAAGGCUAACAUCAUGAAACCUGCAGAUUGUUUGUUCUUGCUAUCUUGUCGCGAGGUUGCUAAAAAGUAUCCUUGUCGAUAACUGCUGUAUGCAACUUGUAGCGAAACCGGAGCAAUAUGGCGCCAUGGUUCCUGAGGUUCUGGCUUCGAGAUUGGGAAAAUAAUUGGGAAGACAUCUC